AUGCUGGCCAGCAAACUGGGCAUCGAGCAGGUGGCGGAUCAGCUAAGCGGGAAGCGCGUCUUGAUGCGCGUGGACUUCAAUGUACCGCUGAAGGAAGGCAAGGUAGCGGAUGCCACGCGUGUGGCUGCAACAAUCCCCACCAUCAAGUUCGCGUUGAAUCACGAUGCCAAAGCCGUCAUUCUCCUAUCUCACUGUGGGCGACCUGAUGGUCGUGUUCAGCCGAAAUACAGCCUCAAACCAGUCGUUCCAGUUCUAGAGGACUAUCUCAGGAAGCACGGGCUCAACAACAAGGUCUCCUUCGUGGAGGACUGCGUCGGCGCUCAGGCUGAGCAGGCUGCUGCCAACGCCAAGGAUGGCGAGGUGCUGCUGCUAGAGAACCUCCGUUUCCACGUUGAAGAAGAAGGUAAAGGGGAAGAUGAGGGCGGCAACAAGGUGAAGGCUGACGCGGGGCGUGUUGAUGAAUUCCGCGCAGGACUCACCAAGCUUGGAGAUAUCUUCAUAAACGAUGCUUUCGGUACAGCCCAUCGUGCGCAUGCCUCCAUGGUCGGUGUAAACCUUCCCGUCCGCGCAGCUGGUCUUCUCAUGAAGAAGGAGCUCGAUUACUUUUCGAAGGCUUUGGAAGCGCCUCAGAAGCCCUUCCUCGCCAUUCUCGGAGGCGCGAAGGUCAAGGAUAAGAUCCAACUCAUCAAGAAUCUUUUGAAUAAGGUGGAGCUGAUGAUCAUCGGAGGCGGCAUGGCGUUCACCUUCAAGAAAACGCUUGAGAAUAUGAAGAUUGGUAACUCGCUGUUCGAUGAAGACGGCUCCAAGAUUGUCGAGGACAUCAUGAAGGAGGCCAAGGCAAAGAACGUUGAGGUGCUCCUUCCCGUCGAUUUUGUCUGCGGCGAUAAAUUCGCAGCCGACGCGAAAACGCAGAUCUGUGAUGACAAGACCGGCGUUCCAGACGGCUGGAUGGGGCUGGACGUUGGACCCAAGACCGUACAGCUUGCAAAAGAGAUGAUUAUGAGAGCCAAGACGAUAGUGUGGAAUGGCCCCCCUGGUGUCUUCGAGAUGCAAGCUUUCGCCAAAGGCUCUACCGCCUUUGCGGACGCAGUAGCCCAGGCUACGGCUGGCGGUGCAAUUUCCAUUGUUGGUGGUGGUGACACGGCAUCCCUAGUCGAGAAAUCCGGCAUGGCGUGUAAGAUGAGCCAUGUUUCAACCGGAGGAGGGGCUUCUCUCGAGCUCUUGGAGGGCAAGGAGCUCCCUGGUGUGGCUGCUCUGUCCAGCAAGUAG